AUGGCUUCGCUACGUAUCACCAACGCCCUCCGAGCCGUCAGCGGAGCAGCGUGCUACCGAGCUCCAGCUGCAGCUUCAUACCGAACCUUUACGAGCACAUCUCGAUGCCUAGCUGACCAGGGCUACGGCGACGGCAAGGGAAGUCCGCAGGGCGAGAACCCAUCGAAGCAACCCGGAGCUAGUCAGGCUCAACACGCGUCGGAGCACCCAGGUCCCUCCCCACCGGAUGUGGGCAAGGGCACCGGCGGCGGACCGACCAAGGCAGCACUCAACAAGUCGAUGAACAAGGCAGCAGAAUCACAAAAGGACCCGGCCGAUGCCAGCGCGGCCUCCGGGGGCUCGCGGUCCAAGGAGGCCCAAGAGAAGGGAUCUAGCCCCACUGGCGGUUCGGUCGGUGGAGGAGGUGAGGCACUCAAAGGGCCGCAGGGCGAAGGAGCGCCCCGGCCCAAGAUCCACAACCAGUCGGUUCCCAGUGCGAAGCAGGGGCUGAGCGAAGAACAGAAGCGCGAGGUCGAGGAGCACAAUAAGGACUUUGAAAAGCGGCACGAUCGGGCCGCUCCAGCCGGCGAGGACAAGGUUGACAAGAACUACUGGAAAGGAGAGUAA